UAUUUAUCAUUUUAUUUUCCUUUAGUUUCACACUUUCAUCACUCUCUCUCUCUAGUUCUCUUUUUUCUAUUUGAUCUUUUUUUUUGAAGCACCCAUCUUUCGCUAUCUCAAAAAUGGAUGUAGAAAUGCCAUCACCCGUUGAUGUUGAAUUGGAAGAAGAAAUCGAAAAGAAAACCGAACUAUUUUUCGCCGUGAUAAGAAAUAUUAAAGAAGCUCGCGAAAGACAGUCAGCAAGUCAUAAACUAAAGAGAUCAUCAUCGUUGAUGGAAGAUGAACGAGAAACAAAGGUAACAAGGAAUAAAGAACCAAAGUUAGUUUGGAAUCCGUCAUUUGAAUGGGAAGAUUUUGUUGACAAGAGUAAUAAUAAGAAGGAUCAAGAUUCGCCACCAGUGAAAAAUGACUCUACAUUUGGUUCAAGUUCAUCUAAAGGGGAGGAAGAAAUGAUCAAAACUACUAAUUGUGGUAACAGUAAUGGAGACGGAAAGCAAGGGUUAGAUCUCAAUCUUUCACUCUAGAAGUCUGUCAAUUGCGCUAAUCACACUUGCUUUAUUUCUCCAGUAAAACAAAUUGUCGUACGUUAUUUCCUUAACUUUGCUGUUGUUGUUGUGCACACACUUCAUUUGCAGUUAUGAAAGGUCUGGUUUCUUUGGUUCGAUUA